GCCACAAACUUGUCGCACCACUUCUCCACUCAUGUUAGCUAGUUUGUGCAAUCUGUACAGUGUUUGUUCUGCGCACCGCCGUACCCACUUCCGGUACGCGUCAUGCCUUAUAAAACCACCAUUCUCACGGCAGCUGCUGAACUUUGCUUCCGCUAUAGAGUGUAUUUUCAGUGUGAAUGAUUCCGUCGCUCCCGGUGGUAUCAUGCAUUGGCGGUACUGCGAAUUGUUGGCUGGAGCAGCAGCAAAUCUUGCCACCGUUUCACUAGGCUGUGGUAUAGCGUGGCCGUCCCCAGUGUUCCAGAAGCUAACCGAACCUACCCUACGCGACAAUCCGUUCGGUGCGGUGCUAACCGAGUACGAUCGGACGUUGUCCGAAGCGGCACUAACUAUUGGCGGUCUGGCCGGUCCAUUGCUGGCGUGCUGGAUUACGAAACACAAAGGACCACGGAUUGCACUGCUACUCAGUAGUGUCCUAUACAUUCCCGCCUGGCUAAUGCUGAUGAUCGUUGGCUCGGUAUCGCUGCUGAUUGUGGCCCGCACAAUCAUCGGAAUGGCAAACGGGUACGUACUGCUGGCGGUGACGCUCUACAUCGGAGAAAUCGCCAGCGAUCGAUACCGCGGUGCGCUUGGAUGCUUUAUCCAGAUCGGUACAACGCUCGGCGUGUUGAUCGUGUACUGUGCGGGACCGUUUGUCAGCUACCUUGCCCUGCAGGCGAUCUGUUGCGCAGUGCCGAUACUGUUCGGUACACUGUUUCUGUACAUGCCCGAAACGCCCCACUACCUCGUACAGUGUGGACAUGGGCAACGUGCAGUGGAAGCGCUCAUGUUCCUGCGGGGAGCUCGUCACGCCGAUGAGGUGCAGUGCGAGCUGGACGAGAUAAGGGAGUACGUCAGAAGGCGUGACGCGGAUGAUGGUACACCAGCACGAACAGUUCAUCAUUUGAAGCACCUGUUCGUGCACGCCGGAAACCGUAAGGCACUGCUGAUCAGCUUCGGAUUGGUCUUGUUUCAACAGUGUUCCGGCAUCGACGUUAUCCUGGCGAACAGUGAGGUACUGUUUGUCGAAUCGAACGCUUCGCUCGGACCCAUCUACGGCACAGCUGUGCUGGGUGUGUUACAAUUCCUGUCCAGCUGCAUUACACCCUUCUUUAUCGAUCGUACCGGCCGCCGUCCAAUGCUUCUCGCAUCGUCGAUCGGGCUGGCGAUCGCACUGGCAACGCUCGGUGCGUACUUCACGCUGAACCGGUACGCCGUACCGGUGGGACCUAUCCGCUGGCUGCCACUCACUUCGCUGGUGGGCUUCGUAGCCAUCUAUAACGCCGGCUUUGGACCGGUUGCUUGGGCCAUUGUGAUGGAGAUCUUCGCCCACGAGCUGAAACCGAUCGGCGUGACGCUGUGCGUGCUCGGCUCGGUGUUGUUCGAUUACACCAUUCUGCAGCUAAUCACCGCGCUUAUCCAGACGGCCGGGCUGGAUUGCGCGUUCUGGAUGCUGGCCGGCAUCUGUGUCGCGGCCGGGACGUUCUGCUGGAGGAUCGUGCUGGAAACGCGCGGCUUGAAACUGGUCGAGAUUCAGCAGCAGCUUAGCGGUACCAAGGUGAUGCGGUUAUGAAAUCGCUGUACAACGGUGCCCACCCGCCCCGCAGAUGUGUGCUUCACAUUGACAUUGCGGGGCGUGUUUGUAGGGCGCAACGAGCGCACUGAUAAGUACUACGCUGUUUUCCCUCCUUGGUUCGUUAUGAAAACAAUGCCACACACUGUACCGGACUAGAAACGCUUGUGGACAUAGCGUCGUCACCCCGUCCGCGGGAAGACAAUGUUGUGCUGGUGUGUGCUUCGAGCGGUUUGUUUGUUUUCUGCCACCGACUCGUCAUUUGGCCCCCUCUUCGGUUGGCGGGGUUUUGGGCGGGCGCAGGGGUUCGUCCCGAAAACGUUGGUGUGAUAAUGCGAGAACGUGAUGUGUGCAUUAGGUGUGCAGGUGAAAGAGGCCGCGGCUACUACCGCCAUGUUGCAUGGCAUCCUUUCGGAGGAAUGCAGUGUGUGCUGGUAAACAUUACGCAAGGGUUGAGGCGUUGUUGAUGCAUUGUUGGGGCUUCCACGUGCUUGUGAUUGCGUGAGUGUGCGCGCGCCAUCUCGCCUGCGAACCAGUUGUCUGAUAAGACGUUUGUAGAUGCAUCCGUAAAGCAUUCUUAAUCGGCUGAUAGCAGCUGCAGCGAUGCGGAAUGACAUCUGGCGUACAGUAAUAAUAUGCUGAUAAUGCGCGAUCCAGUGACAACUGUUCUAAUUGAUUUGACUGUCUGUCUUGAAAGCGACCGUUGCGGUUGCUUUGAUUAAUAGUUUAUAACAGUCCCGAAUGAGAGAAUACACUUCCUGUUUAUACCUAAUUGAAAUCGCAGGCAGUGGGCCUUUGAUGCUCUUUCUUUUGUGCGUCGUUUUGUGCUGAACGUUUGAAUUGCAUCCUUUGUCCUAACGCAGGAGAAAUGACCUUUUAAGAGGCGGGACUAGAGAAGAAUCAAUGAAUAAGCAAUGUAAAAGAUUCUUUGUUUUUCCAUCACCGAUCAGCACAAUGUAAAUGAAUAAUAAGAAUACUAUUUAAAAGAAAUCAAGAAUACUACAAUGGCUUUUGUUUUAUUCACUAAGGUGAGACUUUUUUCCUUUGUUUUUAAAUUAUCAUGAGGGUUGAUUAUGUAUCAAUAGUUGUCAAUACAUUUUGAAGUUAAUUAUUGGUGUAACAUAAUAAAUCUUACAACACAGAAGACGUAGUACAUUCGAAUGGUCUUCCCGUA